AUGGAUAAGUUCCGCAUGCUCUUCCAGCACUUACAGUCCAGCUCGGAGUCGGUGAUGAACGGCAUCUGCCUGCUGCUAGCGGCGGUCACGGUCAAGUUGUACUCCUCUUUCGAUUUCAACUGCCCCUGUCUGGCGCGCUACAACAGCCUCUAUGGCCUGGGCCUGCUGCUCACGCCGCCCCUCGCCCUCUUCCUCUGCGGCCUCCUGGCCAACCGGCAGUCCGUGGUGAUGGUGGAGGAGUGGCUCCGGCCCGCAGGGCACCGCAGGAAGGACCCAGGCAUCAUCAGGUACAUGUGCUCCUCAGUGCUGCAGAGGGCGCUGGCUGCCCCCCUGGUCUGGAUCCUGCUGGCCCUCCUGGACGGCAAGUGCUUCGUGUGCGCCUUCAGCACUUCUGUGGACCCCGACAAGUUUCUGGACUUUGCCAACAUGACCCCCAGCCAGGUGCAGCUCUUCCUGGCCAAGGUGCCCUGCAAGGAGGACGAGCUGGUCAGGGACAGCCCUGCUCGAAAGGCGGUGGCUCGCUACCUGCGGUGCCUGUCACAGGCCAUCGGCUGGAGUCUCACCCUGCUGCUCAUCAUCGCGGCCGUCCUGGUCCGCUGCCUGAGGCCCUGCUUCGACCAGACGCUCUUCCUGCAGCGCCGAUACUGGAGCAACUACGUGGACCUAGAGCAGAAGCUCUUCGACGAGACGUGCUGCGAGCACGCGCGGGACUUCGCGCACCGCUGCGUGCUGCACUUCUUCGCCAGCAUGCAGAGCGAGCUGCGGGCGCGCGGGCUGCGCCGGGCCCCAGCUGCCGCGGCCGGCAGCCCGGAGCCCCCAGAGGCUCUGGACGGCGGCAGCGGGAAGGCCCACGUGCGCGCCGUCUGCAGCAGGGAGCAGGUGGACCGCCUCCUGAGCUCCUGGUACUCCCGCAAGCCGCCGCUCGACCUCGCGGCGCCCCCGGGACUGUGGGGGGCCGGGGUCAGCCCCCGCGCCCCCGCGCUGGCCGCCAGCACCAGGCCCUCCCAGCACAGCGAUGUGUAG